AUGGCCCAAGCUGACUCUCCACCGGCGCUCGCCAUUCCUGGGGAACGGAGAACAGCGGAAGCAGAGCAUCUGGUCCAUACAUGGGUGUUCAGUGAAGUUUUGUUGAAUGAGGAGACUGAGAGUGGGGAGGGAAAUAGAAAAAUUGUGGGGCACCCUGGCCCACCUAUUCUGCAGGCUGGGGACCGGCAGAAGCUGGAGGGGACUUCCCUAUACUGUAGAAAGUCUGGUCCCUCCCUUUGCCGGACAUCCCCAGGGUGGGGCACUGUUGGUCCCUGGCAGGUUCAGACAGGCAGAGAGGGGCCCUGUAGCUGCGUGAGAGCUGAAGUUCCUUCCCUCUUCCUGCCUCCUCUGCGCACCGUCUGCCCUGCCACACAGCUAAUGAAGUGCUUGCAGAGGGUCAUGAUGGCAGAGGAGGCCACGGGCUGCCAGGUGCCCCGCCUGCCCUGGAUGUUCAUCCGAUGGGGGGCUUUGUUGCUGGUUCUUCUUGGCAUAUUGAUGGCCUGCAAUCUGCGAGUCACCCCAAAGCAGCAGCUGGAUUCAACUGGGUGGGACUUAGCGGAGCUCCAGCUGAAUCACACAGGAUCACGGCAGGACCCCAGGCUGCGUUGGCAGGGGAGCCCAGCCCUGGGCCGUUCCUUCGUGCAUGGGCCAGAGCUGGACAACGGGCAGCUGCGUAUCCAACGUGAUGGCAUUUAUAGACUGCACAUCCAGGUGACCUUAACCAACUGCUCCUCCUCCACGUGGACCGCCGAGCCCCAUAGCGCCACCCUGACUGUGGCCAUCUGCUCCCCCACUGCCCACAGCAUCAGCCUUUUACGCCUCAACUUUCACCGCAGCUGCUCGGUCGCCUCCCAGCGCCUAACGUUCUUAGCCCAUGGGGACAUUCUCUGCACCAACCUUACUCUGCCUCUGCUGCCCUCCAGAAAUGCUGAUGAGACUUUUUUUGGGAUUCAGUGGGUGUGCCCUUGA